CCCACGUCAAAGCGCAGCCGGGACAUCGAGAGUCGCCGCCGCUUCCUGCCGCUUUCCAAUCUAGACGCAUCUUCGUUUGUACAAGGCAAAUGGCAUCGGAGACCUCAGUACGUGUGUGUGUCCGUGUCCGUCCGUUGAUCCCGAAGGAACGACUGGAAGAUGAACACCUUGCAGUCGAGACGUUCGACAGUCAAAUCAAGGUCGCGAGUCAAACGUUCACGUUUGACCAUGUAUUUGGUCUCGACUCUGGCCAAGAAGACAUCUGGCCCUGUGUGACACCGUUGGUGGACUCGGUGUUUGAGGGGUACAACGCGACCAUCUUUGCGUACGGCCAGACAGGCAGUGGCAAAACGUUCACAAUGGGGAGCGGGAACAGUGCGUUUGUGAGCAAUCCGGACGAGCGGGGCAUCAUUCCUCGCGUGCUCCAGGAGAUGUUUGCUCGCAUUGCUGCCAAGACGGCCGACGGUCGAGGGUACCGAACGGAGCUCAAGUUGCGUUUUCUCGAGAUCUACGGCGAAGAAAUCCGUGAUUUGUUGUCUCAGUUUGGCAACGGGACGUUGGACACGUCGUCCAAGGUUAACUUGAAGGAGAUUCAGAACGGGCAAGUCCAGGUCCAAGGCGCGCGGGAGGAGGACGUGCAUUCUGCCGACGAGUGCAUUCGUUUGCUGGACAAGGGAACGUACUGUCGGACGACGGGGGCGACGGAAAUGAACAGCGAGUCGAGUCGAUCGCAUGCGAUCUUGACGUUGACCAUGGUGCAGUACAUCCCGUACGACACGCUCGUGGCGAAGGACGGCGACGAGAACGCGGCGCCCGAGUACGACGUGCGCUGCUGCUAUUUUAACUUUGUCGAUUUGGCCGGGUCGGAAAAGCAGAAAAUGACCAAGGCGGAAGGGCAGCGACUGAAGGAGGGCAUUGACAUCAACAAGGGGCUAUUCGUGCUCGGGUGUGUCAUCAACGCCCUCGGCGACGACACGAAGCGCGGCCGCGUGCAUGUCCCCUAUCGAGACUCCAAGUUGACGCGCAUGCUGCAAGAUUCCCUCGGGGGCAACAGCCGGACGCUGAUGGUGUGCUGCGUGAGUCCGGCGGGAAAGAACGUGGCUGAAACCAAAAGCUCGUUGAGUUAUGCGAAUCGCGCGCGCAACAUUCAAAACAAAGCCGUGGUGAAUCGCGACGAGCAGUCGAGCAUCGUGGCCGAGCUGCGGCAGCAGAUCCAGUCGCUCGAAGGCGAAUUGUUUGCGUUUCGCCACCCCGGCGCCGACAUGUCCGACCCGCAGGUCCAAGCGGCGGUCGCGACGUCCGACUGGCGCCUCGACAGCUUCAGCUCCCUGCGCCGUCGCACGGAAGGCGCCGAGUCUGAAGUCAUGCGGCUAACGGGUGAAUUGAAGCGAUGGCGCACCGAAAUGGACGCGAUGAAGGAGGAAUUGCUGGCGACGCAGGCCCAACGAGACUACUUUCGCCUGUGCGGCGAAGAGCUCAAGCAGCAGCAUGGUGGUGGCGUCGCCGGAUCGGCGGAAAUGGGCGUGAUCCAAGAGCAUCUUCGCACGAUCCAGGACCUCCAGGACCGGCUGCGGCAGGCCGAGACGGACCGCGACAAGGCGCACGCGCACAGCGCGUCGUCGGGAACGUUGGACUUUGCCUCGUUCGGACUCUUUUCCGCCGACGCUGUGCAGGACGAGCAGCGCUUGAUCGAAAAAGCCGAGCAAGAAAUCAAACGCGAAAACGAGUUGCUCAAGCAGUUGCAGAGCAACGCCGUCGCGAUGCCCCCGCCCGCACCUGCCUCAACCAGUCGCACCACAGGCACCGUGCCGUCAAUGGCAUUGUCGUCGGCAGGACCAUCCGCCGCCGACGACGACGAACCCGUGGGAGACGACAUGGACGAUACCGUUGACCCACCAGAUGAAGACGACACGCUCGAGGCAUCGGCAGAAGCGAGCUCGGAAAUGGCCGAACUGCAGCGAGAGUUCCAGCAACGCCAGCAAGUGCUCGGGGCCACCGUGCAGGACUUGUCCAACAACAUCUCGUUGAAAGAGCAAAUGCUCCAGACGUUGCGGAGAAACGCCGAGGGGUAUGAGCGCAUGCGCGGGGUGUUUGAGGCGCGCGUGAUUGAAAUGGCCGACAAGGAGCGCAGUUACAUGGCGGAGCGGGAUCAACUCACGGCCGAGCUCGACAAGAUGCAGCACCAGACGAGCGACCCGCGGUACCAGCGGCUGUCGUCCGAGCUGCAGAACAAGGACGGCGAGCUCGGCGCGCUGCGCAAAAAGCAGGCCGAGAUGAAGCGCUUCGAGACGAUCAAGCAAAAGAGCGAUGUCCAGCUGCGCGUCCUCACAAACGAAAUCACGGCAAUGAAGAAGCAAAAGGUCGACUUGCUGAAAAAGAUGCAGGGCGACCGGAAAAAGUACGAACUCGAGGCGAGCGAACGCAAGCGCGAGAUCCUCACGUUGAAGCGCGCGCACCUCAAGGACAAGCAGCAGAUUCUCAAGCUGGGGAGUGAAAAGAACGCCCAGGAGCGCGUGCUCAAGCGGCGCGUGGAGGAAGUCGCGGCGGCCAACCGGCGGCUCAAGCAGCAGCAGCUGUUGCUGUCAGCGAACGCCAAGAAGAAGCCGUUGAAACGGUUCAAGUCCAAGGACGAGGAAUGGCUCGCGGAUCAAAUCCAAAAGCUGUCGGACAAGCAAAAAAAGUCCGAGCUGCUGGAAAAGGAGCUCGACAAGCGGGAGAAGAUUGUGCAGCAGAUGGAGCGGCUGCACGGCAUGCGCUCAAAGUUGCAAAGCGAGUUGAAGGCAUCCAUGGACGAGCGCAACGGGUCCAACAUCCGCGACAUUUUGAUCUCCCCGUUCAAGCAACACCUUGAAGCAAGUACCAGCCAGCAGACAGCAACAACAGCAGCCCUGAGCAAGGACGAAGAAGCCAUGCUGGCCGAGCUCGAAGAUCGCAUCGAAGCGUGCCAGACGCAGCUCGAGUACAAGAACGAGCGCAUUUCCGAAAUGACGACAGGUCAAGGUGAUAACGACCAAGGCGACCCGAUGGUCAAAGUCGAAAACUCGUCGCUGCCCGAAGCCCGCACGCUGCUCAAGUUGCUGUUCAAGAUGGCGGUGGAGGUGAAGAGCCAGGAACAGUCCAAGGAAGCCGAGCUGGAGCGGGCGGCGCUGCGGGUGGACGACCUGCAAAAGCAUCUGCGCAUGGAGCGCGAACGCAACAGCGUCAUGCGCCAGACGUACGAGGAGAAGCUGCAGAAGAUGAUUGCCGACGCCAUGACCGAGCCGGACGACGGCCUGAAGCUGGUUCGUAGCGCCGUGGAAGAACGCAAUGCGAUACUGCGCAAACGAUGCGAAGAGCUCGAACUGCACCAAUUGGACUGGCAGAGGCAGACCCAACAACUCGUGCAACGCAACGCCAAGUACCAGCAGAGCAUGGGAACGUGCCGCGAACGCAUCAAGUGGCUCGAGACGCAACUGAACGCGACCAAGCGCGGCGACGCGGGCAACGACGAAGCCGACGACGAAGACCAUCCCGUGAUGGACGACGGAGACGACGAGUUGUUUGGGGACACGAUGAGCGUCGGCAGCGCCAGUUCCGACUCGACGGUCCUCACGACCACCCACGGCCCAAGCAGCACCAAUGGAGGCGCGGACGGAAGUACGUCGUCAAUCUUCAACCGCCUGGCCAACCCAAACAACUUUACGGGCAUCCACCGCCACCGCCUUCAAGAAAACGCCAUGAUCAAGCGCGAAGAAAUCAAGUCCAAAGGCCAACAGCUCCGCUCGAGACGAUUAAAAGACCGCAACGUCCAAGCCGCGCCGUUGUCGUCGUCGAAAUUGCGCCAACCGAACGCGAGCUUUCAGUCCCCUCGCGCCCGCACGCCACGGCCCCGCACCGCGUCCGAGGACUUUGGCACUUACCCUCGUAGCUCUGCCGUGUUGGAUGUGCUGGCUACGAUGAAGCGGGUACAUCUAUGACGCGUAUUUGUAAAAGUGUACGUGGGUCAUCCAUAUGUAUAGGGCAAUGAAGGGGAUGGUGGUCUGGACGAGUUGGAGUUGGAUGAAGGCGACCACUCGGACACAAUGUCCGAAGGCGGGUACGGCAUGGACUCGUCGCCGCGCGGGGGGUUCCGGGGCAAGAAGGAGGUCGACACCAUGUCGGAGGGGUCGCCGCGGGCGUCGUCGGGGGGUCGUAAGAAGGAUGUGUUUUCGAGGCUGAAUGGCCAGUACACGGCGUCGGCGCAGUCGAAACGUCAAGUACACACCGGCUUGCUGUAAUACGGUUAUAGCUUGUGUUGACAUUGGAUUUGUGUAUGCCUCGGGUAGUCGUACUUGGGGGGAAGCGACAAACGACCAAAUCGGGACAAGCAUGACGACAGCCCCGUGCCGGACGAGGGCUCGCGCAUGAUGCCAUCGGCCGCAGCGGGGACGAAGGUGGACCCUCUCACGGGUCAGGAGCGCUUUGUGGUGCAAGUCAUGAACGACCUCAGCAUCAAGACAACCAACAUAGACUCGAGAUAGGAAUACUAUGGACAUGUAUGUAGUAGUCAAGGCAGCUAGCUCGGUAUGGCGUCGUGACGUCGGCAUUGCAAACUUGGCUUGGAACAUGCACAUUUGCAGUGGUCGAGAGCAUCCACGACCCUUUUUGUGCUUGUAUUUGAGAUUCUUAGAAAAAAAUAUAUGAAAUUCAGUAGGCAUUCGUAGUUGUUUUCCUCA